AUGAAAAAGCUGCAGUUUCAUAGUGUUGAUGAGCCGACUGAGUUGUGCUCUGUCAACAUCAGUGAACAGGAGAUGAAUCAUGUCAAACCUGAUGACCUCAAGGCGUUUGACAAUGUAUCUUACAUGGACGCAUCCCUGGCCCUAUAGGUGAGCUCUUUCAGCUGUUUUGUACCUUUAAGAGAACACAGUUUGUCUGUAAAUGGGAUUUGCAGCAUCUUAUUGGAUCCCACAGACUUCCCUCAUCUUCAGCUGACUCCCACUCCUAAAAAUGUGAAGACGCAUAUUUACAGUUUUCAAAUUGGCCAGCAGGUGGUACACGAAUGUCAAAAUGAAAAUGGCUUUCCUCCUGAGUUUGUCAAUGUAUUUGUCAAUUACUUUUAUGGCAUUCUUUUGUACAGGGGCUCUGAAGACAACAUUCAGUUUAAUGCCCAAGUAGGUCAUAUGCUUAAUGAUAACAAACUGUCCUCUGCCGUCUUCAGAAGCCUCUCAAACCUGAAGAGAUCAAGAUGUGGUUUGAUUUGUAAUCCUAAUACGAGUAUAGAGGAGGCACUGGUGCAUGCAGAUCUCUUCACAAAACUUCGAGAAAUCCACAUUCACUCCAGCCCUUUGAAGAGUUUCCACACAGGAGACCCUCCCUUGCUGACGUUUUAACUCCAGGAGAAAUUGGGAGUAACAGGUGACGUGACAGCAGGGUUAAAGGGCAACAACAACAUAGAUGGCCACUUGUUUGUUAAACAGGUUGCUGAGGCAAUUGACAUUCCUAAAGAAGACGGUGAAAGUUCCAAGAGACACGAGGAUGGGGCUGCGCCUGAGAGAUUCUCUCCCUGCACAGAGAAGAUGCAGGCUAAAUCAAAUCCUGAUGUGGCGCGAUCCGUUGGAAUUCAAACAGCUGCUCAAAUGCUAGAGAACACACUGAAGAAUCUUAAUAUUUACAGAGGCUCCAAAGAAAGACUUGAUAGCAUCCAGACGCCGUACAAAGACAGAAACGGGUUUGGCCACACUACACACAAAUCCUUUGCAUGCAUGCUUUAUAUUACUAUUUGGAAAUUUAUGACGAGAACAAAACAUUUCUUUGCACAAAUUAAGGAUCUGCCACUGUUGAGCCCAAGACAACGACCUCGUGCAGUGCUUCUUGAGAUAAUCAAGAAAAUGAGAGCAGUGUGCUAUGUAGCACCAGUGUGAAGAAGAAGGAACACAAGGAGGUGCUUAUGCUGCUGAGGGAUUUGGAGACAAAACACAAGCACCUUCAUACAAGAGCUAAGGAACAUGGAGUCAAAGCUGAGAAGCCAAAGUGAGCUGAAAGAGACUUAAAAUAACUAUAAAACAAUAGCUAAAAUACAUUUGGCUCAUGACUCAUGUUUGUAGAUGUUUAUUAUUCUAGACACAAUGUGCAAGGGCACCAAAAAAAGAUUGAUAUUUAAUUAAAAUGUUUAUGGUGAUUAGAAAAGACUAUGAAUAUUGUAUAUAAUUUUUUUUUAAUAAUAAACAAUUAAUGUACAACAGCUCAGUGACACGAUUUUAAGGCAGGUUCUGCAUGAGUCAGAUUCAAUCCAUUGGUCAACAUUAACCGUAAUUCAUCCAUCCUGGCACUUUCUAUAGCACAUGUUCUCAUUAGCGUCACAAGCUGGAACCUAUCCCAGCUGACGUUGGGGGAGAGCUGGGGUACACUGGUCUUCAGCCAAUUGCAGGGUAAAUCCAUCCCAUGCUUGAGGACAUGCACCAUCCACACAGAAAGGCCUGAGCUGAGAUUUAAACCCAAAACUUCAGAACUGUGAGGCAGACAUGCUGCCCAAACAUAAUUCAACUUGACAUGAUAGAAACUUGCUGUAUGAGCCUCCUGCCUGUGCUGUCCCAAAGCCAACGUGAUGUAAGAUAAUGAUGUUUUUAUGACAUCAUCAAGACAAUUUCCUUCUCCAGUUUAUACAUUUUAAGACACUCCUCGUGACCAGUAAACUGACCUUUUAUGUGUCACUGUGGUGCAGUGCUGCAUUUUUAUAAUGUAAAUUAUUUUUUGUGAUUAUUAGUGACAAGUUCUAACAACACCACAGAGGCACAUCUGGUCCACAGCAGUCUGAUCUUAUCUGAACUUAUGAUGUGAAAAUGAUCUACUAAUAUAAUUAAAUAUAUAAAAUACAAAUCUGACAUCUGAUGAAAUUGAGUGGCUGCUUAAUGAGUGCUAUGAUCUUCCUAGUGUUGCUAUGAUGUUAUUACUGCGUAGCUACUUUCUCCCUUAUAUAACAUUUCAUCAUCUUGUGUACGAAGUCCAAUAUGACAAAACAAUAAUUCAGCUGACCUAAAUAAGUUCCACAACUUUUUUUGAUUAGUUUGAAUCCAUCUUGAAAGAGCAACCCAAUUACAUGAAUCAAGAAUCUGACUCAAGACUGUGCAACGCUCUAAUUAUCCAAAGUCAAAACAUAUCAAACGAGUCGAAAAGUACAAAUGCUUUGAACAGCACACAUUGUACAAACUGUUUAUCUGACAGCCAAAGUGCAGGUCAGCCACUAGAGCUUGGCUUAGCAAUACAGUCAACACCAAAUCUGGCUGUGACCAAAAGGGACCUCAUCAACACUCUGCAGUAAUCACGUACCAAAUGAGUUCACUUCAGACUGGCGCCAUUCAUGCUUUCCUUUGAUGUAACACACUCAUGUGGAGGGUUCAGAUCAGAACAAGAGGCCAUGACAGAUCCCAAACACUGAAAUGCUCUUGGCUUUUCCUCUUGUUACUACCUCUUUGCAAGCAUGUGUUUAAAAAGUUCACAUUUAAAGGUGAUAAUGAGGAGCAAAGUGUUCAUGACAUUUAUGUUGUUAUUGUCCAUGAUUCCUUGGCAUGACUCACACUAGGGAGUGAAAAAAUAACACGGCAGUCGGCAUAUCUCUGAAGUAUUUCUCAUGAAAUCUAAACACGGUAGAGUGCAUGAAUCACCUAUGAAAGCAAACGCGUCUGUAAGGCGAAAUCGCUGUUAAACACGAUUUCAUGCAAUUCAUCCAAAUGAAUAAAUGAAUGAAUCAUCCACCGUGCUGCUCUUCCUCUUAGAGACCUUGUAAGAUGAAGUCACCAGUUUGUUUCAAAAUACAUUGUACAUUUGUUGUAUUUGAGAGUGAGGCUGAUCUAGAUGGAACUGGAGAAUGGAGCCAUUCUUUCUGUGUGUUUCUCACCAGCGAACGCUACAG